AUGAACGUUCAGGAGUUUAAAGAGUUCGCGAAUGCGUCAAUAGAUUAUCUCGCGGACUAUUUUGAAAAUAUAAGAGACAGACCUGUGCUAUCAAAUGUCGAACCAGGUUACCUCAGCCAAGCGUUGCCGAAAAAUGCGCCAAACGAACCGGAAAACUGGCACAAUAUUCUCAACGAUAUAGAUAAGAUCAUCGUCCCAGGCUUAACACAUUGGCACUCUCCAUAUUUCCACGCAUUUUUUCCCACUGCAAAUUCAUACCCUGGCAUUAUUGGAGAGCUUUUCAUUGCUGGCUUGGGAACCCUCACUACUAACUGGGAAUCUAACCCAGCAUGUGUCGAAUUAGAGACGAGAGUAAUGGACUGGCUGGCGAAAAUUCUUGGAUUGCCAGAAUAUUUUCAAAAUAUGGCCGAAGGACCAGGGGGAGGUGUAAUCCAGAACGCAGCGAGUGAUUCAACUCUGGUUGGAAUUCUAGCUGCCAAACACCGAAAACUGAAACAGCUUCAACAGGCGGGAACCGAACUAAAGGAAUGGGAAAUCAGAGGUAAAUUGGUCGCCUACACAUCCCGGGAAUCCAACUCGUCGGUAGAAAAAUCCGGACUUCUAGCGUCGAUAAAAAUGCGACUGAUACAGACGGACCCGGCCGGAAGUCUUCGCGGCAAAGUUCUAUUAGAGACGAUACAAAAGGAUAAAAAUGAUGGAUUCAUUCCGUUUGCGGUGGUGGCCACUUUGGGGACGACAGGCACAUGCGCGUUUGACAAUCUCGAAGAAAUCGGUGAAAUAUGCAGGGAAGAACGACUGUGGCUACACGUGGAUGCAGCGUAUGCUGGUACCGCCCUCGCCUGUCCCGAGUACCGCUAUAUAAUCAAAGGUAUUGAAUACGUAGACACGUUCAAUUUUAAUCCACACAAAUGGAUGCUGGUAAACGCAGAUUGUUCAGCGAUGUGGUUUAAGAAUUGUAGCGAAGUUGAAGAUGCUUUCAAAAUUAAACCUACUCUAGGGGAAUCACACCAAUUGCCUGAAUUAGAGCACUGGCAAAUACCGGAUUGUAGAAGAUUUAGAUCGCUAAAAUUAUGGUUCGUCAUUAGGUCUUAUGGUAUAGAAGGAAUACAGAAACACGUGAGACAUCAAGUCGCUUUGGCGAAACAUCUGGAACAUUUAGUCAAAUCAGACGAACGGUUUCAGAUCAUAAUAUCGAGUUUGGGAGUAGUGUGCUUCAAAUUAUUGGGCGGCGAAACGCUAACGAAGAAAGUGCUCGAAAGAAUUAAAUCUAGAAGCAAAAUUUAUAUUAUGCCUUAUUAUUAUCAAGAUGAGCUGUUGUUUAGGUUCGUCGUUUGUAGCAGAAUAACGGAGCUCGAAGACAUCAACACCACAUGGAAGGAAAUAACAUCCCAAACCACAGAAGUGAUGAAAGAUUGCAGCGAACAUGAUCCGGAAUAUAAGGGAUCAAGCUACCAGGAGGACGCAAAAUACCAAAGACUUUAACUUAUAUGCACAGUUCUUGUGAUACAUACAAAAAUAUUGGUUUCCAUUGAUCAUUGUCAU